CAUCCAGUGCCCAAAAGCCUGUCCCUCUCCCCGUCCCACAUGUUGGCCCUGUCCCUACUUGGGGUUCUGGAACGAUGGCUGUGAUCAUGAGGUUCAUCUUUUGGAUCAGACGAGUUUGGCAAAGAAUGACCUGUUGGGUUCUUCAGUGGAGACGCAGAGCUAAGCUAAUCAUCUUGGAACCCACUGACUCCAAGAAACAAGAAAUCAAGGGGGUGGAGGAGACUAUGGAGUUGGACACUGUCAAGUUGAUCGAACCCCCCAAAGAGGCUAAGGUCACCACUCUGGAAGAGCACCCUGAGGUGGCUGAGGCCUACGUGCUGGCGAAAACCAUGGACGAAACCGUGGACGAGACUGAGCUGGAGCUGGGCCCUGAGCCUCGCUCCCUGCUACGACUGCCCCAGACAGCUGUCCAGUCCGUCUCCACACUCAUGUUAUCCGCCCUGCAGAGUGGCUGGCAGAUGUGCAGGUGGAAGUCAUCUGUGAGUUCGACCUCAGUGACCUCCCAGCUAAGGAGACAGUCCCCCCUGGAGACCCCAGAGGCUGAGAUGCUGCGGGAAGUGUACCUGGUGCUCUGGGCCAUUCGGAAACAACUGCGGCAGCUGGCCCGCAGGCAAGAGAGACACAGACGGCAUCACAUCAGGACCCACAGUUCUUCCCAGCUUGAAUCAGUGCAGGGCCUAAAGCAGGAUGCCCGAAGUCCCCUCUAGGGAGAACCUCAGAACCUCAGAAAGCCCCCACCUUUCUCUUGGGUAAGGUUGAUAGGAGGGAUCAGGGCAGCAGGCCAGAAGUUAUGGAUGAGGAGGUGUUUCCAUACUGUCACCUCUCAUCUCAAGGGGAGCCCAAGGCCAGGCCUGGGGCCCCACAUAUUCCCCUUUAUUGUGUUUAUUCAAUUUGUAAAAAAAAAAAAUAAUAACAAAAUAUUGAGAAAUAAAUAUCAAAUGUUUCUGAGUA